AGCCAGCCUUGAUAAAAGUCAGAAGUUAAGAGUCGAAUUAUGGUCGUAUCCCACACAAAAAGUAUAUCAAAUGAAUUAUCGUUUGCCAUUACAAGUUGAAUUGUGUUCGAAUUAUGGUGGAGAGCAGAAGCAUUUGCAGAUCCCUUCCCUUUCUCUUUUGUUUUGCUUCGUCGCUUUACAGGCGUAAGGAUUGGAGAGGCAUAUGUUAUUGAACGGCUCUGUUGCAGCACCUUCUGUUUUUUUUGCAGCAGACAGCGUAAUCGAUAUUGGAAAUCUUCAGCAUGUUCUUUGUUUGUUGUUCGACCAGGCCAACAUUUCAAAAAGUAGCUGUUGCUGCUACAGAGUAGCUAUAGAAAUUGUUUGAGCCAUGUUGAGGGCUGUCGUGAAGAAAAUAUCUGCUACCCCUUUAAUUUCCUUAAUACCCAGAACGAAAAUUAACCCCUAUCAGUUUAGUUCAACAAUAACCAGAAGAACCUCCAAUCCAAUUCGCUUCAAUUCAAUCCAUUCUUCGAUUUUAAAAGGGGCUCGUUUUAUAUCCACGGCUGAAUCUGUAGAGAAGCAGUUGCCAUCGCAAGCUGAUGAUUUGGUUAUUACGGACAGUUGCGUCCAGAGAAUAAAAGAGUUGCAGAAAGGAGAGGGUAUAAAAGGAGAAGCGAUGCUUCGACUGAGUGUGGAGGGUGGUGGUUGUUCUGGAUUUCAGUACAGUUUUAACUUGGAUAAUAAGCAGAAUCCAGAUGAUAGAGUUUUUGAGAAAGAAGGCAUCAAAUUGGUUGUGGAUGAGGUUUCCUAUGGAUUUGUGAAGGGUGCUACGAUAGACUAUGUUGAGGAGCUUAUUCGGUCUUCAUUUAUGGUAACAACAAAUCCUAAUGCGGGCGGUGGGUGUAGCUGUGGAAGUUCAUUCACAGUUAAAUAAGCAUUACCAUAUACGAGAAGGCAAAUGAAAAUAAAUUCUUAUUUUGCAGUCCAACAUGUUAGUCUCAUUUUUUGGUCUUCCUGUAAAAUUCAGUUCAGAUUUUUCUCAAACAAAAACAAAAUAAUAAAUUAUUGUUGUACUAGUUCCCUUGCAAAUUAGCAUAAAAUGAAAAAUUACAAUUGAACACAUAGGAGGCAUAGUCAGAUAUCGUUGUAAUGUUUCCGCUCAUUGAGUAUUUGUAAGCUGUUCUCACCAUAACCCAGUUUGAUUCUUUCUGUUUAGGCUUCAAAGUUCUCAUUAUUUUUUAUUACAUUGACAGAUUGUUGUUUUACCUGUCACAGAUUUUAAGAAUUUUCCUUGUUCUUCCAAUUUGGAAAAAUACAUAAAUUGUCUAAUAUUUUUUCAUCACUUUUGUGCU